ACUCUUCGAGGUGCAAAAAAUCUGGUUUUGACAUCACGAACCGAGAUUAAAACAGGUUAUCAGCAAUCAAGAGUAAACCUAUGGCGAUCUUACGGCGUAAAUGUACAGAUCGUUACAAUCGAUGUUAAUUUGAAACAUGAAGAUUGUGAAUCUAUAUUAAAAAUUGCUGAGGAAAGAGCACCAGUAGACGCUAUAUUUAAUCUUGCAGUUGUUUUAAAAGAUUGUAUAUUUCAAAAUCAAUCACCGCAUACGUUCGAGGAUUCAUUCAAAUCAAAAGCAUGGAUGACGAAGAAAAUGGAUGAAUUGUCGAGAAUAAUCUGUCCACAACUUCGACAUUUUGUCGUUUUUUCCUCCGUCUCGUGUGGAAGAGGAAACGCAGGUCAGACAAAUUAUGGGAUGGCUAAUUCCGUAAUGGAGAGAAUCUGUGAGAAGAGGAUGGAAGAAGGAUUACACGGUUUAGCGAUACAAUGGGGUGCCAUUGGUGACGUUGGACUCGUAGCAGAUAUGCAAGAAGAAAAUAAAGAAUUGGUUAUUGGAGGUACAUUGCAACAACGAAUAACCUCUUGUUUGAAUACGUUAGAAGUAUUCUUGCUCCAAGACCACCCUGUCGUAAGCAGUAUGGUUGUUGCUGAAAAAGGUGCAAAUAUCAGUGGAUCAAUGAAUGUUUAUGAAACAAUUGUUCAUAUCAUGGGAUUGAAAAAUGUAAACACAAUAGCACAAAACAUAUCUCUGGCCGAGAUGGGUAUGGAUUCAAUGAUGGCAGUAGAAAUUAAGCAGACAUUAGAAAGAGAGUUCGAUGUCUUUUUGACGGCGCAAGAUAUCCGAAAUCUUACUUUCGCUAAACUCAAACAAAUGACAGAUACAACCGAGCUGAGAACAACGAACGACAUAAAUAAAAUUGAUACAAAUAAUAAGGAAGGUUUGGACAUGCUGAUUCGAAAAAUAACCAACUCAGACUUUGUUCCAAAUAUUCUUGUAGAACUUGCUACAAAAAAGGAGGUUGAUGGGGACUAUGUAUUUCUCAUACCAGGAAUCGAAGGAUGUUCAAGCGUAUAUAAAUCCAUAGCAUCAGGAAUUAAAUAUUCAACAACGUGUUUGCAACAUAAUACACUUAAUAUUCAAAGUUCAGGUCAAAGUCAUUCAGUGAUGAAGUUAGCCGCUUAUUUACUGCCUCACAUAUUAAAGAAAAUGAGAAAUCAAAAGGAAUUUUUAAUAGUGGGUUAUUCAUUUGGAUCCUUAAUUGCCAUCGAAUUAGCAAGAUUAUUAGAAGCUAAUGAUUUCUCAGGACGGUUAAUAUUGAUAGAUGGAGCCCCUGAUCAAAUGAAAUUUUGGCUUAAUCAAUAUUUUAGCUGCAUUUCUCAACAUGAAUUAGAAAAUAUAAUAUUACUUUCUGUGUUGGAAAUGUACACUGCAGUUAACCAAGAAAUGCUUGUUUUAGAGCUGGAUAAAUGUAACACAUGGGAAGAGAAAUUAGAAAUAUUCCACGUUUACUUUCCGAAAGAGUUAAAUGCCUUGACCACUAAAAAUCAAAAAGUUGGGUGUUCGACAAUAUACAAUCAUAUAAUCGCUAUACAGAAUUAUGAUGUAUCUUCAUUACCACGCCUUAAAUCAUCUAUAACAUUGUUGAAACCUACUCUCCCAAUGAUCUCUUUUACUGAAGAGGAUUAUGGUUUACAUAAGAUUACCGAAGGUGAAGUGCAAAUUCAUUACGUGGAAGGUACUCACGUCACAAUGAUGGACAACGUUAAAAUUAUAUCAGCUAUUAAUGAAGAAUGGGUGGAAGAAUAAUAUGUUUAUAUUUGAAUAUAAUUGCAUAUACGUUUUAAUAUACAUAUAUAAAAU